AUGGCGAACUCAGGUUUCGGCAUCGCCCUCCGCUCCUUCUGGCACACCAUGACCAGCAACGAUAGACACUCCUCCUUCGACUCCCCGCAACGGACGGGACGCCAUGUUCCGCUGCACGACGGACGGAGCGGCAUCAUGACGGGCGUCGCGACGGCAUCCGAAUCUCGCGCCGACGUCAGCUCCCCGUACUGUGACGAUUCCGGACGCGCGUCCCCCUCGGAUGUCGGUGGCUUGAGGACGCCCUCCAACGGCGCCUACUCGCCGGGCCUGCGGUCCUUGUCCGCCAAGAGGUCGGAAGGCCUCGAGGUGCCGAGCUCAAACGGCGGCGACGUUCCGAUGCAGCCGUUCGAGGACGGCCUCGCACCCCCGCCCCCCGUCCUCCACUCGUGGACGAGGAUAGACGCCUGGGCCGAGGAGAACUACUGCGAGCUCUGGGACCAACUCGGCGAGGGCGCCACCACCAACGACCUCAACGACCUCGAGCAUCAGCUCGACUGCUCCCUGCCGCAGGACGUGCGCGAGUCUCUCACCAUCCACGACGGCCAGGAGCGGGGAGGCAGGCCCACCGGCAUCAUCUUCGGCUCCAUGCUCAUGGACUGCGAGGAGAUUGUGCAAGAGUGGGAGACGUGGAGGCGGGUCAACCACCAGUUCCUGCUCGACACGGCCAACGCCAAGCCUCCGACGCCGACCAAGGCCGUCGGAGGCGGUGUCGAGGCGUCGUCGUCGAAGCAGCGGCCGUCGACGUCGUCGUCCGACAACCCCGAGGAGUGGCGCCAGACCCUGCUGUCGAGGCAGGGCUCGGUGCCUGCCAACGCGGUGCAGAAGGCCUACGCCCACAUCGGCUGGAUCCCUCUCGUCCGCGACUGGGGCGGCAACAACUUGGCCGUCGACUUGGCUCCCGGCCCCGGCGGUCGGUGGGGGCAGAUCAUCCUCUUCGGCCGCGACUACGACACCAAGUACGUCGUUGCCCGCUCCUGGGCCGCCUUCCUCGCCCUCGUCGCCGACGACCUCAACAGCGGAAAGUGGUUCGUCGACGACGACAGCGGCGAGCUCAAGCUGAGGGAGUUCAAGGAUGCGCGCGUCGAGCCGGCCUACUUCAGCAUCCUGCGGUGGAGGAUGGACCAGAAGCACGGCCGACGUGCGGCCAAGCGUGUGUCGAUGACGCCGGCCAAGAUGGGCUCGCCUCGCGGCUCGCGAUCCAACUCGCCCUACGCGAGCCCCCCCGAGACGAGUGGAGACAUGCGCGGUCGAUCUCUGCAGCGCCUUAGCGCAUCCUCCCCCCUCGCGAGCCCCAUGCGGUCCAUGUACGGCAAGGCGCCGCUGAGCAAGGUGACGGAGGAGUUGACGAUACAGGACAUGCCCACGCCGGAAUUGCAGCCGAGCAAGCUGGUCGAGGUCGAGACGCCGCGGGACAGCGAAGAGGAGAAGGCCGAGCUCUCGAUCCUCGCUCCGCCCGAGCCGGAGGUCCCAAAGGACAAGGAGAUGGAGAAGCCCUCGAGCAAGACGAACGGCAAGCAGCCUGCCGCUGUUGAUGAUUUGAUGAAGACGAUUGAGAUAUAG